CCGAGAACACGCUAUUAUUUUGUGAGGUACCCGUUCCCUAUCUGAACACGUUAGAAAAGUAUACAUGUAAUUCCGUUUAAUAAAAACACUGCAACCGUCUGAACAAAUAGUUUCAGUGGUUUCUUCAUCUGAGUGGAACGGAACGUUGCAGACAUGGCCUGUCGCAGGAUCACCCAGGAGACCUUCGAUGCAGUGGUAAAGGAAAACAUCGAGGAGUUUGACAUGGACUCUGAGGAGGCCUUAAGGGAGGCGGUGGAGCAGUUUGUGUCCCAAGGGGUGGACCUCAGCUGUAUAGUGAAAGCUGUUCCUGCGGCAGCCUCUGAUAAUCAAACGGAGGAGCAUAAAGUUCUUCAGGUUCUGGAAUCCCUUAAAGCGUCUGACAGUAGUAUUAUUGCAGAUCUGAAAUGCUUCACAGAGCAGUGUUCCCUUGGCUUCGCACAGAGGCACCUGGCAGCCCAGAAAGGUGCCUAUGCUACAAUCAUAUCUUGCUGUAGAAAGACUCUUUUGGACCAAGAUGAUCUGCUGGUCUCUCUCUCCUCCCUGGCUGCUCUGACAGAUGGCCAGCCAGACCUCUUGGACUCGGAGGGUAAGGAUCUCCUGGUGAGCAUCCUUGACAUGUACCAGACAAACCCUGCACUGACGUUACUAGGCAUCCGUGCUGUCCGUCAUUGCUGUUUAAAGCAUGAGCAGAACAGGCAGGAUUUGGUGAAGGCUGGAAUACUGCCGUUGCUGACCGGUGCCAUCCAGUGUCAUUCUGGACGUUCUGAUGUGGUCAAGGAGGCCUGUACUGCCCUGAGGUACAUGACCUUUGAUGAUGACAUCAGAGUUCCAUUCGGUCAAGCUCACGAACAUGCCAAGAUGAUUGUUUUGGAACACAAUGGGUUGAAGGUCAUAAUCGAGGCUGCCAAAGCACACCCCGAGAACACCCCUGUGCUCAGUGUCCUGUGUGCUACUCUGUGCAGCCUGGCUGUGAGAAAUGAGUUCUGUCAGGACAUCUGUGAGCUGGGAGGAUUAAAGAUCAUGUUGACCCUGCUGGCAGACAGUUAUGAGUCCCAUGAACUGACCAGGCAGGUGCUGAGCACGCUGAGGGCCAUAGCAGGAAAUGAUGAUGUUAAAGAUGCCAUCACAAAUGCGGGUGGAGUACAACUCAUUGUCAUCGCCAUGAACAGACACAUGGGCAAUGCUCAGGUCUGUGAGCAGGGGUGUGCUGCUCUUUCUGUCCUUGCUCUGCGCAAACCCAACAACUGCCAGGUCAUUAUGGAGGAGGGAGGGGCUCUGGCUGCUCUGCUGGCUAUGAAGACUCACCCAAAUGACCUCAAUGUGCAAAAACAGUCUUGUAUGCUGCUGAGGAACCUGGUGGCACGCAUGCCUCACUUCACCCAACCCAUCUUGGAGAUGGGAGCAGAGUCCCUAAUCACCCAGGCUCUGGCAGCCCACCCGGACUGCAGGGACCUGGCCAAAGCUGCUCUCAGGGACCUGGGCUGCCAGGUGGAGCUCCGAGAGUUGUGGACAGGCAAGAAGGGCAGCCUUACCAGAGAAUGAUUUUAAAAGCCUGCCUUACUUACGUUGGUCAAUGUGAGGUUCAGGUUUUUGUUCCAUCCUAUCUAAAUAAUGUAAUGCCCACCUGAACAGGAAACUGGUGGGUUUUGUACGUACUGGACUUAAACGUACAAUCUCUAGAGGCAGGACUGGGAACCACUGCUGUUGGAACCACUGAACCAGUCAAUUGAGCUGCUCAUCCUAGACAGUAGGGCUGCCAAUUGGCCAAAUUAGGUUUCUGAUAUGCCUGAGAAGCAGAGUUCUAGAGGGAGUAGAGCUUUUGGACUUUUAUUAUGUUUAUAAUUUUCUGUACAUAUAUUUUGUUAUUUUGAACAACAAGGAUACAUGUUUGGUUUAUUUGUACUUUGAAUUAAAUCCUGUCAAUGGUGUUGUAUUUACAAGGCAAAUGCAAGCAUGCUUUGUCAUAGUCUCUUGUCACCUGGCUUUUGCCUGUACUCGUAUUUUUUUCUGUGCAGUGCUAGACCUUUGAUCUUUACUCCUUCUGUGACAAACGUUCCUUAACUCCCAUGUAAUGGUUUUAAUUCAAGUUGAAGUUAGUCAUUUCAGAAAAUGAUUAGAUUUGAGAGAAAAAAACUGUUUUCUCCACUAUUGUAUAAAAUAUUUCAUUUCAUUUUUUUACCCCAAAACCUCUGCCACACUAGGUUUUCUAUUUAAAGUGUAUCUAUUUAUCCCCAGUUACAGUACAAAACCUGAAGUUCUGAUACAUUCCUUUUCCUGAUCUCUGCACAUCAACUGAAUGGUGACAAAAUAAUAAAACCUUUGAUUGUGUUGUGUG